GACAACGUGAACAUUGAAAAAUUGCCAUUCGCCAUUUUGUUAUCUACUUUUUAGUUUUGGUUUUGGGUUGUUGAUUAAGUACUGGAAUAUGUCUUAUGUGCUUAUUGUUUUUUGUGAUUAAACUGUGCAGAAACAUGCUAUAUUAUUUGUAGGAAGUGUUUUAUUUAAAUUGUAGGAUAUUCGUAGGAACUUGGUGCAAACAUGAGUGUCAUCAUAAGACUUCAGAACCUCCCUUGGUCUGCUAAUGCUCUUGACAUUAGGAAUUUCUUUCGAGGCCUCUCUAUUCCUGAGGGUGGUGUCCACAUCGUAGGAGGCGAGCUUGGAGAUGCGUUCAUUGCGUUCAGUACGGACGAAGAUGCACGCCAAGCGAUGAUGCUAGAUGGGGGCAAGAUCAAGGAGAUUCAAGUCAAAUUGCUUCUCAGCUCGCGCUCGGAGAUGCAUAAGGUUAUAGAAGCGGCCCGGCAGAGUGUUCCUUUAAUGAACCUGGCACCUGCGCCUUCCCCGAUUACCGUCACAGUGCCCACACCCGCGCUAGCACAAACGACCUUACCCACUGCUCCGACUAUCACACCCUUCUCAGCGGCCCUAGGCACUAACCCACUGUCAGGCUCUUACGGAAUUCCAGGAAUCGGUAACCCGCAAGAGAUCCCCCAACCUGCCGUCAUCGAACCACCGGCGCCUUUAAUCAGUCCCCAAUCAAAAUCUCCCGUUUACGACGAUAAGGAGGAUGACAUAUCUGAAAGGAAGCGAAGCAAAGAAAAAGACAGGCGACGUUCUCGCUCCCGUUCGAGGUCUAGAGACAGAGAUCGGAAGGAUAGGAAAAGAGACCGUCGGGAUAGAUCCAGAUCAAGGGAGCGGAGGCGACGAGAUCGGAGUCGUAGUCGAGAGAGACGCGAUCGCAAGCGUGAUAGGAAAGAUCGCAGCCGAUCUCGCGAGAGAUCACCUCGUCGCUCGCGCGAUAAGCGCAACGAGCGCAAGUCGCCACAGAGCUCUCAAGAGCGUUCUCUGGAACCAUCUCAUGUCGUGGAUGCGAAUCCAGGACCACCACCGCCCCCCGCAUUCGUCGCAAAGUCAAAUGGACCUCGAAUGCCAACAGCGACCAACCAUGUUAUGCAAAAUAUUCUGUCAGGGCCAAUAGAGCAAACGCAGCAACGUUUCAAUGAUCCGACGCUUGCGGAUGCAUUCAAUAAACUGCAAGAGUUGGGCAAAAAACGUAAUCCGAAUGCAUUCCAAGGCGAACAACAGAAUGGUAAUAGCUUCCGAGGCGCACGCGGAGGCAGUAACAUCACCACGCGCGGUGGAUCUUUCCGCCGCGAAGGUCGACCGUCGAGGUUCGAUGAUCAGCCGGCAGAUUGCUGUGUCGCCAUCAGAAAUGCACCAAAUCACACAAGUUACGGCGACGUGCGUCGUUUUUUCCCAGUCAUGAUCGACAAACACGGUAUUAAAAUGAUAAACGACCACAUGGGGCGCCGUACGGGAAAUAUUUUCGUCCGAUUUUGCGAUUCACGAUCCAAGCAACUUGCCCUACAACGUAAAGGGAACGAGCUGAAAGGAGCGCAAGUGGUGGUGGAAUCGUUAGACGAAGAAACAUACGAAUCUGCCGUAGACUCAUUCCUACCUUUCCGCGAAGAUAAUGAUGAAGAGGAUCAAAGUCUUAUCAUCGCCGAUCCUGCCGAGCCGGCUAUGAAACCUCAUAACAUACUCAAAAUAACAGACUUACCGAACUUUAUACAAGAGCACGAUAUCAUUAAAGCGUUCACAGAAUUUUCGCUGUUGUCGAUAACGUUAACCGAUUGCCGGCUUACUCGCACUAAAACUGCAUUAGUCCAAUUCGUAAACGCUGAUGACGCUAAAUUAGCUUUAAAUAGGAAAGAAAGCUAUCUCUUUGGUAGACGUCAAGCGGUUUUCACGUCGCUAUCGGAUGAAGAUUACAAUACAGAAAAAGAGAAUCUCGAAAAUGUGGAGCAACCGCCUUUGAUAGAACGACCUCCUAAAGAUCUGCUACCAGAACCGAUUAUGCCCCGAGACCCACGUCAGCGGCGCCAGCAAAAUGAUAACAGUCAAGUGCUCCACGGCGGCCCAGUGAUGCAAGGUGGUCCAACCAUGCAAGGUGGUCCAACGAUGCUAGGUGGUCCAUCGUUGCUAGGUGGUCCAACGAUGCUAGGAGGUCCAACGAUGCAAGGUGGUCCAACGAUGCAAGGCCCUCGACCAACACAAUACUUUACACCUUCUGUUCCCUUUUCUCAAAACUUUGGAACACCGUUUAAUGGACCUCAGUUCGGAGGAUACCCGGGCCCCGGCCACAUGGAGCCCCGCGCUGCUGCGGCUAACUGGGCUAACCGCAUGAGCUUCCCUAAACAACUUGAACCUAAGUCGGUUCAAAGCCAGGUGCAAAUGCCGAUGCAAGUUCUUAAGACGAUUAAGCAACAAGUCACAAACGUAGACUUGGAAGAUGAACCUCUGGACUGCGUUCUGAUGAAAGGCCUGCCACGCGCAGCCACAGAUAGAACAAUCGUGAAUUUCUUGGCUGAUACAGGUGCCGUUCCCGCAAGAAUACAUCUCAUGCUGGACCAAAACGGUCUACCGUCUGGUGACUGCUUCUGCGAGUUUAGAUCCUCGCAAGAGGCGCGACAAGCGGCCAGCAAACACGGCAAGAUGUUGGACGGCUGUCGCGUGACGGUUGAUCUGGUCAUGCGUAGCGUCGUCGAGGAAGCGUUGGAAGGACCGAAACCUAAUGAAUCUAGCCACGACAUGAUGUCCGGCAACGGAGGGGCGCCACAGUUCAUGAACGCGCCUCGCGGAGGGUUUGCUCCUCGUGGACAGUUCAGAGGCAGAGGUAACUUCGAAAGGGGAGGUUUCGAUCGAGGCGGGUACAGAGGGGGAUUCGACCCUAGCAGAGGCAGAGGCAUCGGCAAUUGGAACGACCGCGGCGGGCGUGGGCAAAAUCGUGGGCGCGGACAAGAUCGCGGGCGAGGGCAAGAUCGCGGGCGCGGGCAAGAUCGCGGGCGCGGGCGGGGUUUCGGUCGCGGUCGCGGGGACAGUAGCGGUGGAGGCGGGGGCGGAUAUGGCUCCGACAACACCACGCACGUCCGCAACGACGAAGAACAGGAUCAGCUCGAGGACUUCGGCGCGCCCGGCUGCGUAGUGUCGAUGCAGAACGUUCCCUUCCGCGCGAGUGUUGACGAUAUUCUCGGCUUCUUCGGCGACUUCGAGUUGACCCAAGAUGACGUCAUCCGAAGGUACAACGAGCGCGGCCAGCCGACGGGAGACGCGCGCGUCGCGUUCCGCACGCCGUUCGACGCACAGCGCGCCAUCAAGACUCUCAACUUGAAAACAAUUUACGAUCGGAGAAUAAAUCUUGCGAUUCUCUAGCAUUAUAUCAAAACAGAGUCCUCCGGAUCUGAUUCGGGGGGUAGUAUGUGCAUCGCAGAAACAGACACUGAGUGAAUUGUUUACCCACCGUGGUAUGAUUGAAUUUCGAUAUUAGCAGAGUGCUUUGUUAUAAUCGAGCUACUAGACAAAGUAGUUUACCGUAAUUAAGUAUAGACACUAAAUGUAAAAUAGCAUUACAAAUAGGGUUAUAUUUGAAUAAAAAACAUUUUUCCAUAAAUUAA